AUCCUCACCUUCUCCAAAAUCACUAAUUAUCUCCGAUCUGUCCCUACGUUUCUUGCUCUGUUUCUGGACAACAAUUCAUCACCAAAAUCCAAUUAGUUUGAAACUAUGCCGAUGAAAGGGAUGAGGACCGUCUUUUUCAAGUCAUGGUCGCCGUCGAGGACCCCUCCACCACCGUCGCCGCUCCGAAUCACAUUUUCAGAGUCGUUAAUGGACGAGAACAUCGAGAUGGCUCAAUCUAUAAUUACUAAAUGGGACUCUAAUUCGGAUUCUUCUUCCUCCUGCAACCUCGCCUCACUCUUCUCCCCGGAGAACCGCCACGAAGCCAAACAGUAUCUCAAUUCUGUUAAGUACCUCCAGCAAGCUAUGCAGUACUUAGCCUCGCAGGAUCCCGCAUCCGAGAACCUCGUCGCGGCUCUUAACUUGAUGCAAACCGCCAUGAAACGGCUGGGGAGGGAGUUUUACAAGAUACUGAAGUCCAACAGGGAUCACCUGGACCCGGAGUCGAUCUCCAGCCAUUCCCGCAGCGCUUCCAUGUCGAGAUCGAGCAUGUCGGAUUUCGAAGACGAGUCUGAGUGCGACUUGAGGCACGAGAACGACUCAAUUUUGGAAGUGGAGAGAGCUUCGAUGGCUGCCAUGGCGGAUUUGAGAGUGAUUGCCGAUUGUAUGAUUUCCGCCGGUUACGCCAAGGAGUGCGCGAAGAUCUACAAAACUAUUCGGAAAUCGAUAAUUGACGAGGCUCUGUUUCAUCUAGGAGUUGAGAGAUUCACUCUAUUUCAGCUUCAAAAGAUGGAUUGGGAGGUUUUAGAGGUUCGGAUCAAGAUCUGGUUAAAGGCGGUGAAGGUUGCCGUGAAAACACUGUUCUACGGUGAGAGAAUUCUCUGCGACCAGGUGUUCUCUACUUCGGGGAUGAGAGAAUCUUGCUUCUCGGAAAUUUCUAGAGAAGGUGCUCUGUCUCUGUUUGCAUUCGCAGAAAACGUAGCAAAAUGCAAGAAAACGCCUGAGAAAAUUUUCCGCAUUCUGGACCUUUACGAGGCGAUUUCAGAUCUUUGGCCCGAGAUUGAGUACAUCUUCACCUCCGUAUCAACCUCCUCCGUCCGCCAAACGGCCGUUAACGCCCUCAUUAAGCUCGGUGAGGCAGUCCGGACGGUGCUAAAAGAAUUCGAGACGGUAAUCCAAAAAGAGACCUCCAAAUCACCAGUCGCAGGUGGUGGGGUCCACCCUCUCACUCGUUACGUCAUGAAUUACCUCACUUUACUAACGGAUUACAGCGAAAUCCUCCCCGACAUCGUCGUUGACUGGCCUCUGACGGUUUCAUCUCCACUACCGGCGUCUUAUUUCGGCAGCCUCAACGCCGACGAGGCCAUUACCUCGCCGUUGUCCAUGCGGUUAGCUUGGCUUAUACUUGUCACUCUGUGCAAACUCGACGGUAAGGCGGAGCUGUACAAGGACGUCGCCCUUUCAUACUUGUUCUUGGCCAACAAUCUCCAAUACGUUGUCGGAAAGGUGCGGGAGUCGAAUCUGAGGUUUCUUCUCGGGGAAGAUUGGAUAGCGAAGCACGAAGUAAUAAUUCAGCGGCAUGCAGGGAAUUGCGAGCGGAUGGGGUGGAGCAAGGUGCUUGAGUCACUACCAGAGGAUCCAUCGGCGAAGAUUCCGCUCGAUCAGGUCAAAGACCACUUUCGGAGAUUCAAUACAGCUUUUGAGGAAACGUACAAUAAACAAUCUUCUUGGAUCAUACCCGAUCCAGAACUCCGUGACCGAAUUAAAGUCUCGGUUGAGAGACGGAUCGCCCCGGUUUACAAGGAGUUUUAUGAGAAACACGGCGGAGCGCGGCUGAGGAGGCAAACUUGGAACGAGUCGAUUGUCCUAUUUACCCCUGAAGAUCUCGGGAAUUACCUGUCGGAUGUGUUUCGUGGGGUGGAAGUUCGGGGAGCGUUUCGUCCGAUUCAAGUAGAGGUGGGCGAAGUCGGGGCGAGACGGUCUUUAGUUCCAAAAAUCACGUGUCUUUUUUAGCCACAAGUGUUCUUGUGGAUGAUGUGAAUAAGGACAGUGAAGCAUGUACCGUAGAAGAAAGUUGUGGUUCCGCCACGUGUAUAGAGUGGCGUAGAAUCUCUUGUACGUAACACAAACAGAAAUCAUACUCCUUUGAUUUUUUAAUAAAAAUUUUUUUUACAU